AUGGAUGAAGCACUUACAAAGCCAAGAAAUGUAACUCAUACCAUGUAUAAGUUAUAUAACUGGUUACAAAUGGGUAUGAUUGACUUGAAUCCUGAAUUUCAAAGAGACAUAGUAUGGACAGGCAUCAAGCAGUCACACUUGGUCGAUUCUGUACUCAAUAAUUUUUAUGUACCACCUAUAAUUUUUUCUUGUAAAAAGUUGGAUAGUAAAAGAUGGAUGCGUGUUUGCAUUGAUGGAAAGCAACGUCUCACUGCUAUUAGAAAGUUCAUGGAUAACGAGAUCCCUCAUCUUAGUCCUUCUGAUGGUAAUAUCACUAAGCGUUAUUAUAGAAAUCUUAAUAAUAGACGUUCUUUGACAGAAGCAGAACGUGAAAUGUUUGAUUGUUCUGAACUUCUUUGUGUUGAAUAUUAUGAUCUUACCUUGCACCAAGAACAAGAAAUAUUCAGUCGCGUACAACUUGGUGUUGCCUUGACACCCGCUGAGAAACUUCAGGCGAUUAGCAGUCCAAUGGCUGAUUUCGCUCACACAAUCUAUAGUCAACAUUCUACCCUUUCUUCUAUUAUGGAUAAUAAACGCGCUCGUCCUUUCCAACUCAUCACUCAAUCUUUGCACAUGAUUGAGACAGAACCAGAGAAAUUCAAUGCUACUCCCGCUACUAUCACUAAAUAUUUGAAGGAAGUUCGUCAGGUCCCUGAAGGUCUCAAGGCAUUGGCUAAACAAAUUUAUACUACCAUAGAAGAAAUGAUUGAAGAUGAUGCUGAAUUAUUUCAUCGUGAUCAUAGAUUGGCUCCGGUGGAAUUUGUUUUUUUAACCUAUAUGAUAGCUAAAUAUCCAAAGUUACCGAUCUUUCAAUAUCAAAAUCGUCUUUUAACCAUGAAGAAACAUGUUCGUGCUAAACAUGACGAUAUCAGAUUUAACAACAAGGUCUUUGACACAUUGAAAAAAUUUGUUGAUAAUAUGGAAUAUGAAUUCAUUUCAAAUCAUAAUUUUCCUCUCCCGGCAAAUCCUAUUUAUGAUACUCCCGUACCUUCAUCAUCUAAUACCCCUCGAGGGAAAAAAAGAGUAAAGACCUCAAAUUAG